AUGGUCUCGUUCAAACUCUCCGCGCUCUUGUCCCUCGCUCUCGUCCUCACCGCAGGUGCGGCUCCGGCUGGGUUCGGGUCUGGGAAUGGUAAAGCGUCCAAAACCAAUGCUAAAGUAGGGGCUGGCCCAGACGCGAGCUCAGGCUUCGGCGGCGCGAACGCCGCAGCCGCCGCGAAGGGGACCGGGAAGGUCCUCGCGAGCGCGACCUCGCUCGACGCCAUCCCGGCCUCGACGCUCACCCAGUUCACCAACUUCGGCACGAACCCGAACAACGUCGGCAUGUUCGUGUACAAACCUGCGAAGGUCGCGACAAACCCGGCGCUCCUCGUCGCGUCGCACUUCUGCACGGGCACCGCACAGAUAUACUUCCAAGGUUCCAAGUUCGCUCAGCUCGCUGAGAAGUUUGGCUAUGUCGUCAUCUUCCCCUCCUCGCCGCACGAAGGCACUUGCUGGGACGUUUCUUCCGACGCGACUCUCGCCCACGAUGGAGGCUCGGACUCACUUUCGAUCGCCAAUGCGGCGCGGUUCGCCGUGGCGAAUUGGGGCGUCGACGCAGAGAAGGUCUUCGCCGUCGGUACGUCCUCUGGCGCCAUGAUGACUUCCGUCCUCGCGGGCGCGUACCCCGACAUCUUCAAAGCCGCCGUCGUGGACUCCGGCGUCGCGUUCGGCUGUUUCUCGCUCCCGGGACAGCCCGAGGACUCGUGGAACAACCAGUGCGCCGACGGCAAGCUCGUGCUCACGGGCAAGCAGUGGGCGCAGCGCGUCAUGGCUGCCUUCCCUAGUUUCAGCGGCACGCGCCCGCGGGUCCAGGUUUGGCACGGCACCGCCGACACGAUCUUGGCACCCCAGAACUUCCAGGAGGAGAUCAAGCAGUGGACGACCGUGUUCGGCCUCCCGAGCGCCCCCAUUUCGAACACGACCGAGGCUGCGCUUCCCGCUGGGUACUCAAACGCCACGUUUGGAUCCGAGUUCCAGGCCAUCCUCGCUCAGGGCGUCGGCCACACUGUCCCUCUCUUCGAGCAGCAGUACCUCGAAUUCCUCGGUAUCGCUUGA